ACCUUGUGAUUCAGUAUCAGGACCCCGAGUUCGACAAUGAACUGUGCAAUUUAAGUAGCAUGUCGGAGCUUCCUAAAGAUAAAGCAACUUUGAAAGUGCACACCAAGUCUUCUGAAUACAACACAGACUCAACUCUAGACACGGCAAGCCUGUCAUCAUCUUCCCUCGAGGAUAGCCCCCAUGGUACCCAAACUCGUCAGCUGCCUCAACCAUUCGUCAUUCCUGCUUUUUCUUUUGAUGUUGAGUUGAAACUGAGGCAAGGGAAUGAUGCCUUCCAUAGAGAUGGGAGCCUUCUUGACAUUUCAAAAGACAUGAAAUCGGACAUCUUAGACAAGUUAGCAGAAGCCAUAUAUGCUCACAAUCCCUACCCAUCACGUGAGGACUAUGAUCAUGUGGCCCAAGCUCUCAUCAACAAGCAUCCUUGUCUGAAGGAACCAGGGUCUGUUGGUGGGUGGUAUUGCUGGAAGUUUAGUUUAAAGUUCAAAAUGGGAAAUUUCCGGCAGAAAAUGCGAGUGGCUGGUUGCUCCGAGCUCAGAGUGAACGCACGUACCUCUGGAUCAACAAGUUCAAAAAGACUAAAGAGGGCCAGAAAGUCAGAAGUGAACUUCCUGCCAGAUUUUCCAGAAGGGAAAGCCCAAAGUGACCUUGAGACAGAGAGAUCUACCAUGGUCAGCGAGAUGAAGAAAAGAAAGGUUGAUUGGAACCAAAUUGGUGAGAUGAUGAGUAACACGUUCCCCUUACGGAGGAAAGAAAUUGUUGAGGAUGAACCCCUUGUGGAACAAGUGAAAGACAGGUGGCCAGCCUUGUUUGCUGAACGGCAGAUUGAAGCAGAAUUUGCUCGCCUUACAUCUGUUGAUCUGAAGGGCUCCUUCUUUGCUGGGCUGGACCAGUAUCUGGCAAGAUUCCUUGAGCUGUACAAAGCAAAAAGUGGCAUAGUGGGCCUGAACAGGUUGAUGAGAUGUCUCAAUGAUGAUAGCUCCACACACCGCAAGAGGACAGUUCUUCUGCUGGGCCUUCCUCACUUUCUCAAGGAGGAUCCGUCCGGUUUUUUUAAGACUGUCGAGGCCACAGAUGAAGAGGACACGUUCACAAAGGGGAUGAAAGUCGGUGUUGUGAUGGUGAAGGAUGGAGAAGAAAUCAUUGACACCGCUGUGGUCCUUGAGGAAGCAGUGAUCCUGUCUGAACUGAAGGACAUCCCACGUGCCAUUGCUUUGCUGAUGGGUCUGCUUUUUUCUCUAAACAUAGACUAUCCAAAGGAACUAAGGUACACAUUUGAGAUCAUUCAGAAAGUCCUGAUGAACAUCGGUGGAGGACAGUGUUCCUCACUUGUCCAUGGUUUCAGAAACCGACUCCUGCGGAAAACCAUGUGAGAUUGUGCUCGGAUGACUUGUCUAGCACCGGACUCAUGUUAAAAUUGUCUGGUAUUCAAGUCAGUUCAUAUUUUGCUGUCUAUUUUUUGUAGCAUUUGCUAAUGCUAUUUUCUGUUAAAUGAGCAGGAACACAGCAGACCAUUUCUGCCAGUGAAAGAGAAAAGACCCCCCUCCCCAGAGCCAAAUUUGAGUUUAAAAAAAAAGUCAAAUUGAUGAGAAAAUGUCCAAAUUAUGAAAUUUAAAAUUUGAGUUAAAAAUGUAAAAAAUUACGAGGGUCAGAACGUCCCCUGAAUACCAUGGGAACAUUUUUUCUCUUUUCACAGGCAGAAAUGGUCUUCAUACAGAUAGACCUGCAGACAGUUUACAAAGUGCCAUGUUCAAGGCAAAAGAUGGACCUAUUUCCAUGACACUCAGUUCAUCUGCAAAGGUCCAUACAGUAUACUGUAGUUAUUUGAAGAUCUUCACGAUCAUUCUUCUAUCACCAUUUCUAUCUGGUUUUUGACAAUUUUGCAUCAAAAAGUGUUGUCUUUGUAUUCAAGACACAACAAUUUAAACAAUUAGUCCAGUGGAUUUGGUUGAAAAAUUCAAUUCAACAAAUGUGAGAUGCUGAGUAGUGUGCACAUUUAUGCAUUUGACAUUUUCAGUUUCAUGGUGACAGGCAUGUGCGCAGUUCAAGAAAAUGUUACACAUCUAAAGCUACUCAUUUAUUUGUAUCGACAAAUUGAUACUUGGAAUGUUCAGUUUUUGAUUGUAUGAAGGACUUAGAGCAAGUCUUAAUAUGUUGAAAUAUGUCCUGUGGUGUUGAAAAAGAAUGUUAUCCUUGAUCUUUGUGGCCCUCCACUGACAACAUUUUCAUUUUUGGUGACAGCCAGAUGAGCAUUAUGUAAAGCCAUUUGUUCUCUUGUAUGGCAGUAUUGUCACAAUGCUUGCAAUGCUGUAAAUUUGAAGGAGGUUCAGUAAAUCGUGACAGGUGUGUGCUCCAAUAAAUAUUUAACUGGCUGCA